GUUUGAAAUUGUUAUCAAUCAUUUUAUGAAAUAUUCACAAAUAUUGAAAAAAAAUUAAUAUUAAUAGUAAACUCAAUGAUAAAGGCAAAAAAGACUAAUUCAAUAUCUUAGUAUGCAAUUUAUAUCCAAUGUGUUACAUUGGGUAUUACUUGACCUUGCCAUUUCCGUGAAAGUCACCCAAACUCGUGCGGGAGGCGGGGCAAUCGGGGGCGUUUGGAAAACAAAUAUUUCGGUUGUGUAUUUGCAACCUUUUCAUAAGUAAAUCUCAAGAUGAGCAUCUUUUCAAACGUCCAAACUGCUCCGCCUAUUGAGGUUUUUGCACUAACCAGAGCAUACAAUGCGGAUCAUAAUCCCAAAAAGGUCAAUCUUGGAGUUGGUGCGUACCGGACCGACGAGGGCAAGCCGUGGGUGCUGCCGGUGGUGCGCAAACUGGAGGCGCAGCUGGCCGCUGACGAGACGCUCAACCACGAGUACCUGCCCGUGCUGGGUCUGGACGCGUUCAGCAAGGCGGCCGUACACAUGCUGCUGGGCACCGACUGUCCGGCCGUCAUCGACAAUCGGGCGCUAGGAGUGCAGUCCCUCUCAGGAACGGGCGCCCUGUUUGUUGGCGCCAAGUUCCUACAGAAGAUCCUCGGCUAUGACACCUACUACUACUCGGCGCCCACAUGGGGCAACCACAAGCUCAUCUUCGACACGGCAGGCUUCAAGCAGGGUCGCGCCUACCGCUACUGGGACCCGGCCACCAAGAACAUCGACUUUGACGGCAUGUGCGAGGACCUGAGGAACGCGCCGGAGAACUCUGUGAUCAUCCUGCACGCGUGCGCGCACAACCCGACCGGCUGCGACCCCACCGACGCACAGUGGAAACAGAUUGCCGAGAUCAUGCGCGAGCGGAAACUGUUCCCCUUCUUCGACUCGGCCUACCAGGGCUUCGCGUCGGGCGACCUGGACAAGGACGCGCGCACGGUGCGCUACUUCGCCAAGGAGGGCUUCGAGUUGUUCUGCUCGCAGUCCUUCUCCAAAAACUUCGGACUCUACAAUGAGCGGACCGGUAACCUGACCGUGGUGAUGAAGGACGCCGAGCUGGCGGCAGCCGUGCUCAGUCAGCUGACACUGGUCGUUCGCGCCACCUACAGCAACCCGCCGGCGCACGGCGCGCGCGUGGUGGCCGCCACGCUCACCAACAAGGACCUCUUCGCCGAGUGGCAGGACCACAUUCGCGUCAUGUCUAGCCGGAUCAUCCAGAUGCGCGAGGCGCUGCGCGACCGUCUGGUGAAGCUGGGCACGCCCGGCACCUGGGACCACAUCACCAGGCAGAUCGGCAUGUUCUCCUUCACCGGCCUGACGCCCCAGCAGUGCGAGUAUCUCGGUAACGAGCACCACAUCUACCUGCUGCGCUCGGGACGGGCCAACAUGGCCGGCCUCAACACCAACAACAUCGACUACGUGGCCUCGGCCAUCCACGACGCCGUCACCAAGUUCCCGGCCGCCUAAAGCGCCGACCGCGCCGAGAUUCGAACCCGCGACACGCGGAACACGAGGCGUGAGUGAAGUUUUAGCGCUAGGUUAGAGACAAUCGACGCUGAGCGUCUUGUGAUUUUGCGUUGUUAGGGCUGAUUUGUAGUCCAUAGCCGUCUGGGGCGACUUCUGGAACAACUGCCGGUGUAAUUGUCUAUGCAUUGGAGCGAAUUUAUCGGCGUUAUCGGCUAAACUGCCAGUGUUGGGUGAGGUGGGGUAUCGAUGCACCUUUUAUCGACUGGCUGCUGAAAGCACGCACGGUGAACACGGUGAACGGUGAAUAUAACCUAGUCGGAA